AUGGCGGACGGCACGCUCGCGUCCGACGUGUCACCACCAGCUGAUGCGCUGGAUCGCAUCGAGACCUCCGCAACCGCCAAGACCCUCUCAGAACGACCAGCAUUCCUCAAUUCUACACUCCAUGAAAUCGCAUUCGUCUCAACACUCACCUUUGCCGCGGUGCUCGUUGGCGCAAACAAUGGAUCCAUGAACAUCGCACUGCCCCACAUCGGCUCCGACCUUGACAUCUCCGGGCCAGCACUGAACUGGGUCGUGUCGGCAUAUCCCCUCGUCACAUCCUGUGUCCUUCUCCUCUUCGGACGUCUCGCGGACUUGUUUGGGCGCAGACGGAUGAUGCUCGGUGGGACAAGUUGGAUGUUUAUCUGGAGUUUGGUUGCGGGAUUCGCGCAGAACGACAUUCUCCUCGAUUUUUGCCGAGGGUUAAUGGGGUUGGGUGGGGCUGCGAUGUUACCGUCUGCGAUUGGGCUUUUAGGACGUGCGUAUCAGCCUGGACCCAGGCGGAAUAAGGCGUUUGCGGCAUUUGGAAGUGGUGCACCGCUUGGGUUUGUUAUUGGGUUGAUUGUUGGGGGUAUUUGUGCCGAGUGGAUCGGGUGGAGGUGGAUCUUUCAUAUUGUUGCGAUCUUGUGCUGUUGUCUUACGGCACUCACGUUCGUUGUCAUCCCUCGCGACGCACCAAGACCCGAGGGUGCAAAGAAACCUGUGGUUGACUACCUUGGUGCUCUCCUUUCGACAUCGGGACUCAUCCUUCUGGUUUACUCUUUGACCGCCGCUCCAGAUGCUUCACGCGGCUGGAAGACACCUUACAUCAUCGUCCUCCUUGUCAUCUCCGUCCUCCUCCUCGCAUCCUUCCUCUUCUGGCAACACAAAAUGGGCAUGAACGCGCUCAUGCCACUCUCCAUCUGGAAACUCCCCUCUUUCGCUGCUGUGAACGGCGUGGUUUUCCUAGGGUGGGCAGCAUUCGGUAUCAACUCGCUUUACGCCACGCUUGUCUUUCAAGAUAUCGAGGGUAAUCGGCCGAUUUUGACGACGGCAAAGUUCUUGCCCAUGGCGAUCGUGGGAACACUGGUCAAUGUCAUCGCGGCAUUCAUCGUUGGACGUAUCAAGGGAAGGUAUAUCCUCCUCGUCGGACUCGCUGGAUUUACGAUUGCACCGAUGCUCUUCGCGCUCUGGCCUCGUGGGUUAAUCUACUGGGCCAUGCACUUUCCCGCCCUCUGCCUCAUCGUCGUCGGUGCGGAUCUUUGUUUCAAUGUCGCGAAUUUGUUCAUUCAGUCAUCUGUCCCACCCGAGUCGCAAGCGCUCGCAGGCGGUAUCUUCAACACUGUUACAAACUGCGCUACCUCCUUCGGACUCGGCCUUGCUGCUACUGUUUCUGGUUCAAUCACCGGUGAUUCUACGGAUAAGGCGGCUUUGCUAAAGGGAUACAGGGGCGCGUUCUGGUUAGGAACGGGAUUGAGUGCAGUGGGGUUCAUCUGUUGUUGCUUGUUCGUAAGGGUGGGAGUCGCGGCGAAGAGACGGGGAAAGGUUGAGCCGAAGCCGAAGACGGAGGAGGAGAUGGUUGCGGAAAACUUGGCGGAGGAGAGUGGGGUGAAGACUGGGAUGGGAAAUACGGGGGAGCUUUAA